UUCAUGGACCCCGUUCCUACGUGGGUUCUGGGGGUGCUGCCUCACCUUGCAGACCAUGUGAAGGCUGCUGACCACUGACCUCCCUCAGAGCAGACCGUCCCCGAGGUAACGAUGGGGAACUCCGAGAGCCAGUACACCCUCCAGGGCUCUAAAAACCACAGCAAUCCUGUUCCUGGUGCUAAGCAGAAGCCCUGCUCGCUGAAGAUCCGCAGCCUCCACGCCAAAGACGAGAAGUUGCUGCAUGGGUGGGCCCCCGGAGGCAGCGGCGCCAGCUACAAGUCCAGGUCCCUGGCCCGCAGCUGCCUCUCUCACUUCAAGACCAACCAGCCUUAUGCCUCCAGACUUGGUGCCCCCACCUGCAAAGUGCCCAACGGCCUGGGCUACGCCAAGCACUGGGCCAACACUGCAGGGAAGGACUCCCAGGGCGACCCAGUGGCCUUCCCGGCCGACAGUGGCUUCCACUGCAUUGGCCACCAGCCUGCGGAGAAGCCCCUGGCCUCUCGAGACUGCAAUGGUCACCUCCUCACCUGCUACGGGAAGCGGGAGAUCGAGGCUGCCACCCCACCUGGUGAAGAUCGGAAGAGCCCCAAGGUACUGAUCAAAACCCUGGGAAAGCUGGACGGGUGUCUUAGAGUUGAGUUCCACAAUGGUGCCCACCAGGGCAGAGUGCCUGCGCAGGACACCGGGGAGCCAGUGCAGCUGCUGCGCUACUCACCCACCACCGGGUCGGGUGCCCCCCACGUGCCCUUGUCCCCAGGAAGCCCCGAGGAUCCCCCAGCCGAGCCCUGCCUCUCAACCACGGACUCGUGCCUGCGGUCCAGCAAAGGCAGCUCGCUGAGCUCCGAGUCGUCCUGGUAUGACUCUCCCUGGGGCAUCAUCGGGGACAUGAGUGAGGCAGAGGGUGCCUUCCAGGGCCCCGACACCCCAGACCCCAACCUGCACCCCGGCUUCCCAGCAAGUGAUGCCAAAAAGCCAUUCAGCCAAAGUGCGUCCCUGUCCUCGCUGCGAGACCUGUACCGGGACCCCGUGGCCCUGCGGGGCCUCUCAGAGGAGUGCAUCGCCCCCCACGCCAGCCUCAGCACCCGCAGCGCCUUUGCAUCCGACAUGAACGUGCCGUCCCGCGUGGAGCAUGCCAGCCCCUGCCAGUACAGCUCCUUCACACUGCCCUGCCGCAAGUCCAAAGCCUUAACAGAGGACACGUCCAAGAAGGACACCCUGAAAUCCCGCAUGCGGCGCUUCAGCGACUGGACUGGGAGCCUCUCGCGCAAGAAAAGGAAGCUGCAGGAGCCCCGGUCCAAGGAGGGCAGCGACUACUUCGACAGCCGCGCCGAUGGACUGAACACUGUGGACACGCAGGGGCCCUGCCGCAUGUCCGCUUUCCUGUGGUCAGGGGGCUCGUCGCAGAUCCUGCCCCAGAGGAGCGAGUCCACCAGCGCCAUCGGCAGCGACCCCCUGAGGCAGAACAUUUACGAGAACUUCAUGCGGGAGCUGGAAAUGAGCCGGACUCACACGGAGAACGGGGAGACGUCCACAGAGACGGCCGAGUCCAGCAGCGAGUCCCUCAGCUCCCUGGAGCAGCUGGACCUCCUGUUUGAGAAGGAGCAGGGCGUGGUGCGCAAAGCGGGGUGGCUGUUCUUCAAGCCCCUGGUCACUCUGCAGAAGGAGAGGAAGCUGGAGCUGGUGGUGCGGAGGAAGUGGAGGCAGUACUGGGUGACGCUCAAGGGCUGCACGCUGCUGUUUUACGAGACUUACGGGAAGAAUUCCACGGACCAGAGCAGCCCCCCGCGGUGUGCCCUGCUGGCUGAGGACAGCAUCGUGCAGUCUGUCCCCGAGCACCCCAAGAAGGAGAACGUCUUCUGCCUCAGCAACGCCUUUGGCGACGUCUACCUGUUCCAGGCCACGAGCCAGACCGACCUGGAGAACUGGGUCACAGCCAUCCACUCUGCUUGCGCGUCCCUGUUCGCCAAGAGGCACGGGAAGGAGGACACGGUGCGGCUGCUGAGGAGCCAGACGCGCAGCCUGCUGCAGAAGGUCGACAUGGACAGCAAGAUGAAGAAGAUGGCCGAGCUGCAGCUGUCGCUGGUCAGCGACCCCAAGAACAGGAAGGCCAUCGAGAACCAGAUCCAGCAGUGGGAGCAGAACCUGGAGAAGUUCCACAUGGACCUGUUCCGGAUACGCUGCUACCUGGCCAGCCUCCAGGGCGGAGAGUUGCCAAACCCCAAGAGUCUCCUGGCCACCACCAGUCGUCCGUCCAAGCUGGCCCUGGGCAGGCUGGGCGUCUUGUCCGUGUCCUCCUUCCACGCACUGGUGUGCUCUAGAGAUGACUCUGCGCUCCGGAAGAGAACACUCUCACUGACCCAGCGCGGGAGGCACAAGAAGAGCCUAUUCUCCUCUUUGAAAGGGCUGGACACGCUGGCGAGGAAAGCCAAGGAAAAGAGACCUUCCCUCACACAGCCUGAAGACCUUCUGCCCAGGUGUGCUUCAGCUGCAGAUGGUGGCCGCCGAGACAGCUCCUGGGAAACACUGGCGCAGGUCCACUUCCCCGACCACCAAGCCGUCACCGUGGGCAUCAAGCCAGAGCACAGUGUACAAGAUGUUCUGUCUCUGGCCUGCAAGCUGCGGCAGCUGGAGCCCAGCCACUACGGCCUACAGCUCCGGAGACUGGCAGAUGAGAGCAGCGACCGCUACGUCCCGGGUCCAUCGGAGUCCAUGCAGGACCAGGUGUACGAUGUGCUCGAGGUCUUCCCCCUCCCUGUGUGUGACAUUCAGCUCACCAAGGCCAGCAGCCUCUCCGACUUUGGGUUCGCCGUCACCGCCCAGGUGGAUGAACGCCAGCACCUCAGCCGGAUAUUCAUAAGCGACGUCCUCCCGGAUGGCCUGGCCUAUGGGGAAGGCCUGCGAAAGGGCAGUGAGAUCGUGACCCUAAAUGGAGAAGCGGUGGUCGAUCUGGACCUGAAGCAGAUGGAAGCCCUGUUUUCUGAGAAGUCCGUGGGCCUCACGCUGCUGGCGCGGCCUCUGGACACCACCGGAACCGUGGCCACUUCCUGCUCAGACAGCGAGCCGCUCUCGUCGGGCCAGCAGAGUCCGCUGCCCCCCUCGAACCAGUCUCAGCUCCUGGAGGAGUUCCUGGACAACUUCAGGAAGAGCCCGCCCAACGAUUUCAGCAAUGUCCCGGACAUCCCCACGGGUCUGAAGAGGAGCCAGACGGAUGGCACCCUGGACCAGGUUCCGCACAGGGAGAAGAUGGAGCAGACCUUCAGGAGCACUGAGCAGAUCGCCGCCCUGUGCAGGAGCUUCACUGAGCCCCAGAUGGAGAAAGCGGGGCAGAGCCGCGACCCCCCACCUCGGCCACUGGCCCGUCACCUCUCCGACGCCGACCGUCUCCGCAAAGUCAUCCAGGAGCUGGUGGACACGGAGAAGUCUUAUGUGAAGGACCUGAGCUGUCUCUUUGAAUUAUAUUUGGAGCCACUUCAAAACGAGACCUUUCUUACACAAGACGAGAUGGAGUCGCUCUUUGGGAGCCUGCCCGAGAUGCUGGAGUUCCAGAAGGUCUUUCUGGAGACGCUGGAGGACGGGAUUUCAGCAUCAUCUGACUUCAACACGCUGGAGACCCCCUCGCAGUUUAGAAAGCUACUGUUUUCCCUUGGAGGCUCCUUCCUGUAUUAUGCCGACCACUUUAAGCUGUACAGCGGGUUCUGCGCUAACCAUAUUAAAGUGCAGAAGGUUCUAGAGCAAGCCAAGACUGACCAGGCCUUCAAGGCCUUUCUGGAAGCCCGGAACCCCACCAAGCAGCACUCAUCCACACUCGAGUCCUACCUGAUCAAGCCCGUGCAGAGGGUGCUCAAGUACCCCCUGCUGCUGAAGGAGCUGGUGUCACUGACCGACCACGAGAGCGAGGAGCACUACCACCUCACCGAAGCACUGAAGGCAAUGGAAAAAGUUGCAAGCCACAUCAAUGAGAUGCAGAAGAUCUACGAGGACUACGGGACCGUGUUUGACCAGCUGGUAGCAGAGCAGAGUGGGACAAAGGAGGUGACGGAGCUUUCCAUGGGGGAGCUGCUGGUGCACUCCUCAGUGUCCUGGCUGAACCCAUUUCUGUCUCUCGGAAAAGCCAGGAAGGACCUGGAGCUCACCGUGUUUGUCUUUAAGCGAGCUGUCAUCCUGGUGUAUAAAGAAAACUGCAAGCUGAAAAAGAAGCUGCCCUCCAACUCCCGGCCUGCACACGGCUCUGCUGACUUGGACCCCUUCAAAUUCCGCUGGCUGAUCCCCAUAUCGGCGCUUCAAGUCAGGCUGGGGAACACAGCAGGGACGGAGAACAAUUCCCUUUGGGAGCUGAUCCACACCAAGUCGGAAGUAGAGGGGCGGCCAGAAACCACCUUCCAGCUGUGCUGCAGUGACUGUGAGAGCAAGACCAGCAUGGUGAAGGUGAUCCGGUCCAUCCUGCGGGAGAACUUCCGGCGCCACAUCAAGUGUGACCUUCCCCUGGAGAAGGGCUGCAAGGACCGCCUGGUGCCGCUGAAGAACCGGGUGCCGGUUUCAGCCAAAUUAGCGUCAUCCAGAUCCUUGAGAGUGCUCAAGAACUCCUCCAGCAGCGAGUGUCCGGGCGAGCCGGGCAAGGGCACAUCGCUGGACUCGGACGAGGGCAGCAGCACGCAGAGCAGUGGCUGCCAGACGGCCGAGAGCAGGCAGGACUCCCAGAGCACGUCGCCGGCCAAGUACCCUCCCCCGAGCUUGUCGGAGCUUUCCGACAGUCUCAUCAAAGAGAGCGACAUUCUGAGUGACGAUGACGACGAGGAGCGUGACUACCCCUCCACCCUGAAGCCGGGCAGCCCAACCAAGGACAUCGAGAUUCAGUUCCAGAGACUGAGCAUCUCUGAGGAAUCCAAUGCCCACCCGGCAGGGCCGCUGCCUGGCACCCCGGGGCCCGAGGGCCAGGAGGGAGGAGAGCACCCCAAGCUGGUCCGGGGGCACUUCUGCGCCAUCAAACGCAAAGCCAACAGCACCAAGAGGGAGCGGGGCACAUUGCUGAAGUCUCAGUUCCACCACCAGUCCCUUGACAGUCAGUCUGAAGGCUCUCACGUGGACUUCAACGCCGUGCUGGAGCGAGAGUUCAGGGUGCAGACGCUGGCAUCGGUGGUCAAUGAGGAGUGCUUUUACGAAGCGGAGAGUCAUGGGAAAGCGUAGAGCCGCCUGGGUCCGCAUGUCCUCUUGAACUGGCGGCAAGGUGGCCACUGCCCAGGAUCCACUCCUGGGUUUGGGGCAGUGUGCGCUUCCCCACACCGUUGUCAUUGUAAAGAUUUAAGUUAUUUUAAUUUAUUAUGGAGCAGGAAACAAAAUGAAACUGGUCGGAAUCUCUACACGAGCUAGUUUAUAUCCUUUUUGAGCAGGUAUCAAAAUGAUUUUGAAUCCUUAAAAUAAAAUUGCAUUCUAAUUAUUUUAA